UGAUGUUAUUCUGCUUGGGACUGUGGCUCAGCAGGGAUAAGCCAUGUGCCAGCUGCUCAGGGUUGGCACUCAUUGGCUUCAUCAUUUCAUGCCACAUUACCAUAGGCUGCUAUUAUGUGAGGCUCAGCCCAGUUGACACGUUUCCUGCUUGACAGCUCCACCUCCUUUCAUGUGAUGGUUUCUUUUUCCUUUCCUCCUACAGCCCAGGGGAUCCGGAGUCGGUAGUGGCUUCUGUUUUCUACAUUUCUUCUAUCCCAUAGAGAAUCCACUUGGGAGAAAUCUGAUAGAAUGGCCACCAUGGAAAUCCAGGAGCUUGACCUCCGAGAGAUGGGCACUCUCAUCCAAUCCCGUGUUGUCUUAGAGGUGUCCAACCAGGUCCAGUCGCUCUUGGAUUCAUUGGAGACCACAACACUUGAGAUUGCAGUGACUGGCGAAUCAGGUGCCGGGAAAUCCACCUUCAUCAAUGCGCUGCUGGGGCUUCAUGAUGGAGACCCUCGUGCUGCCCGCACUGGAGUAACUGAGACCACAGUUUCACCCACACCUUAUGAGCAUCCUCGCCUGCCCAGGGUCCAUCUUUGGGACCUGCCAGGAACUGGGACCCCACGCUUCCAAGCCGAAACAUAUCUGCAGCAGGUGCAGUUUGAGAGAUAUGAUUUCUUCAUCAUUGUGGCGUCAGAGAGGUUCCGGCAGAACCAUGCCGAACUGGCACGUGCUGUGGCUGCCAUGGGCAAGCGUUUCUACUUUGUCCGUUCCAAGGUGGACCUGGACCUGCGGGCUUCGCAGAAACGAAGACCAACCCGUUUCCAGGAGGUCCAAGUGUUGAGAGAGAUAGAAGCAGACUGCAUCCGCCAAUUGGAGAAAGAAGGCUUGGAGUUUCCGAAGGUCUUCUUGAUCUCCAGCUUUGAACUGCACAAAUAUCACUUCCAGCUCUUGCAAGACACUCUUGCCGAGGAGCUAGAAGGCCAUAAGAGGCAUGCCUUGCUCCUUUCUUUCCCAUCUGUCACAUCUGAAGCUGUGCAGAAGAAAAAAGCUUCACUGCGGAAGCACAUCUGGAAGAGGGCCUUGAUGGCCUGUUUUGUCUCAGCCUUACCCGGCCUCCCUCUACAUCUCAACAUCCCCCUGCUUAUGAAAACCCUAGACUCCUACCGCAAGGCUUUUGGACUAGAUGAUAGCUCUCUGGGCACCUUGGCCCUCACAGCCUCAAAGCCCCCCUUGGAACUGAAAAAACAGGUGACUUCAACGUUAGGGAAGGAUCUCUCGGAGAAUGUCGUCCAGGCCAUCCUGAGCCAAGCUGCUACCUAUGGGAGGGUGGCUGCUAGGUUGGUGAAGGACCGGGUGCCUCUUUUGGACAACUUGGUAGCUGGAGGCAUUUCUUUUGUAGCUGCCUAUUACCUGCUUCACACUGCCCUGGAUAGCUUUGCACAAGAUGCUGAGCGAGUGCUCCUCAAAGCCUAUGACCUGGACAAUGAGUUGCAGAGCUCAGUCUUCUACCCUCCAGAACCUGGAUUCAUCUUUGAUUGAGAACAGACAAAGAGGGUAUUUGUGGAUGAUGGGUUUUUUUCUUCUCUCCCUUUUACACUUUUUCUGCUUUCUGUUCCCUCUGGUCCAAGUGGCCAUGGAAAUAUACCCCCAUAUAUAUUGGGCUAACAGUACCAUCAAAGAAUCCUGAGGUGGCCCCUUGGAAAAGGUUAUAAAAGCAUGGUGCUACUGGAAACAAUUUUUGCACAUUUGUUUUAUGGGAUGGGGUGCUAAGGAAGUUUCCUGACUCCAUGGAGGAUGAAGAACGUAGCAUUGUUGGAUUAUAGUGGCUCUUGAUGUUGCUGUGUGCCUUCAAGUCAUUGGCAACCCUAAGGUGACCCGGCCUAUGACAAGGUUUUAGUGGCAAGCUUUGUUCAGAGGGGGGUUGCCUUUACCUACCUUUGAGGCUGAGAAUGUGACUUGACCAAAGUUACCCAGUGGGUUUUCAUGGCCUAGUGGGGAUUCGAACCCUGGUCUCCAGAUUUGUAGUCCAAUGCUCAAACUACCAAACCACACUGAUCUUUACUAACUUUGAAUUCUUCUCUAGUAGAACAAUGGAAAUUUGAGUGGCAUCUAUAGAGGAGUGAUUGAGGCCAAAGAAAUGGGAUUUUUGAAACAUAGACUACAUCAGCAUUGCAGAAAUAAUGCAGUUUAGCUCAAUGCCAUGCCAUGGCUCAUUGCUGUGGAAUCCUGGGAUUUGUGAAUUUUCAAAAGGCAAAUCAGGGAAUAGGAUUUCAGUCUGUGCUGAAGUUACAUCACCCUCUAGAUGCCGGUUCACAGCUUCAGAUGUCUGGGACAUCUCAAUAAAGUCAGAUUCAAUCCUGACUUGGAAUCUUAGCUUCCUGUGUAGUCAGGAGUGUAUUUGCACACUUGAAGCACCAGCUAUACCUGCUCAUAGACACCUGUGAUCUGGCUAUGAUGACACAUGCCUUAGUUACAUCCUGACUGAAAUACGGCAAUGAACUCUGGAUAGGGUUGCCUUUGACUGUAGGCUGCGGCUAGUUAUAAGGUGGUACAAUUCUCUUAUGGUUCCACUGGCUAUUGGUCCUUUCCCAAAUACAUUGCAAAAGUGUAGUUUAUGACCUAUAAAACCCUAUACAGUUCAGGUUGUCUAAAGGACUGUGUUAUUCCAUAUGGGUUUUGAGAUAUUCAGCACAGGACCAUCCUAUCACCCAUAUAGACUCGCUUGGCGGGACCAUCAUAAGAGAAUCUUCUUGGCAUUGAUGCACCCUUUCUUAUAGAGACAAGACUGGCUUACAGUCCUAGUAACACUUUAAUGAUAUUUUAAUUUUCAAGUGUUUUUUAUCGAGCCAGAGCUGCUUAACCAUUAAGCACUGGAGAAACUGACGUAUAAAUAAAAAAUAAAAUAGGUGGAGCGGUCUUGAUCUUUGAAUAUAUUACAAUUUGACUAACCCAACAAAAGUGUGCUUUAUACAUAUUUGCAAAGUAAAGGAUAUUUCUUGUUCAAUAAAGUCUUUAUUCUUCUA